AGGAACUACAGUAACCAGACGGCACCGCUCCAGCCUACAGUACAUUCUGCUGCUUAUCCGGGGAUGUCACACCGCUGCUAUUUUCUCCCCUCAGUCCCUCUCACUCUCAGCCCACAGCUCAAGCGGACUGACACGGGGUUUUGGAUAGAAAGAAACGAACAAUAAGAUAACAAAACAGGGGCCAACAUGGCAGAGCUCGGAGCGGGAAGCCUGCCGUUGGGAGAUCCUGCUUUUAAUUACCAGGAACACGAGCUGAACGAGCGGCUGAAGCGGCUCUACCCGGCUGUGAACGAGGAAGAGACCCCUUUACCCCGAUCCUGGAGCCCCAAGGAUAAGUACAGCUACAUUGGGCUGUCACAGAACAACCUGCGGGUCCAUUACAAAGGCCACGGUAAGAACCACAAGGACGCAGCCUCGGUGCGAGCCACACACCCGAUCCCUGCCGCCUGCGGGAUCUACUACUUUGAGGUCAAGAUUGUCAGCAAAGGUCGAGACGGGUACAUGGGCAUCGGCCUGUCUGCCCAGGGAGUCAACAUGAACAGACUGCCUGGUGAGUAACAUGUGCAUGAUGUCACCAUAACAUGACCAGCGUGGGGGAUAGAUGGAAAGCUAGAUAGGCAUUUGUCAGAUAGAUCAAUGCUGACAUUAAUUUAAGGAUGUUACAGUGGGCAAGAAGGGUAGAUGUCAAUAUUAAUUGAUGAAAGGAUGGUGGGACAACAAGACCGAGUAAGUAUAUAAGUAUUCCCAACGGAACAUAUGGCGAGUACUUAAUCACGCCAAUGUCCAGCGAUAACUUUGGCUCGCUGACCUGGAGCCAGCAUUUCAAACACUUAGCGGUCGGAUCGGAACCAUUGCGUUGGCAAGCCGGGGAGAAAAAAAGACAUGUCAUGCAGCUUUCUUUUCUUCUUUUUUUUCGAAUUUGGUUACACACAGGACAGGACUCUGGAGGAGUUGGCCAAAACAUGACCCUGAACUUUCCUAAUUACUUAUUGGCCCACCUUUCCAGCCCUUCAACCCCAUUGGCUAAGAUUACAAUCAAGCAUUGACGGUGCUGUACGGUGGUUGGUUUACUUAAGCCUUUACAUCACUGAAUAGGGAGGUAUUAUUUAGCAAUGUAAACACUGAAAGAGGGUUCAUUGUUAGAACAAUUAGUCAUUGUUUUCAUCCCGGCCGUGGACAUGUUUGGUGCCGGAGUACUAGUGGGGAGAGAUGGUGUGGACGGACGAUAUCCCCUCGUGUGGAGGCAACAUACAGAUGUGGAUGACAGGAAUGAGGAAAGUGACAAGAAGCGGAUUUUUCGGAUAAGCGAAAGUAGCCAGAGAAGUGCCAACAUUUAUGAGAUUUGGGGAUGAAAGUGGGAGGACACUAGGCCGUGUGGCCUUGCUAUAGUAAUUGGAUGUGGCUUGUGGAUUCCGUCUGACAGCUGCAGAAAGAACAUGUCGAGCAUGUCACCGAGCAGUCAUAUGGAUCAAUGACAUGAUGUUGACUCUGGCUUGCUGUCUGACCUCAGAGUACUCUGACUUAUGACAAACACUGCUUCUCACUUUGGAAUCAUAGAUUGCUCAAACUGUAUAUUCCAUAGAAAAAAAAUUUGGUCCUAAAACACCAAAAUAUAUGAAUAUAAUAUGCAUUUUUAUAUACAGGAUAUUUGUGUGAACGUGUUUCUCACAUAUCUAACGGUGUCAUCACAAUACAAUCUGUCAAAAAUAACCUGUUAGUGUACUUUAUUUGUUUAAAUUAUGAAUUACAUAGUGCGUUUAAGUAAUUCCACAUUUGAUCUCAUACGAACAACCAUAAAACCAAUUGGAUUAUUAACUGCUAGUUCAUUAUUGAAAGCAUCACAGCCGUUCUAACCUUUAGUCCCUAUUAUGGCUUAAAGGUUCCGUGUGGAACUUUCUUGUAAACAAACCAAAGUCAUGUUUAUAUUCUGUGUGACUCACCAAAA